AUAAAUUUGUAUUUGUUCGAUUGGAACGGUCCAAUCGGUGUGUCGCUUUAAUCAACAUUCCCCGAUGGAAUGUAUAGUUCGCAAAAAUGGUUGAGGAUAAAUCAGGCACGUUCGCGAAUAAGAUUGUGAUAUCAAAAGUAUUCAUGCCUUUUUGUUUGGAAAAUUAUACAACCCGUAACAUGGAUGAAUAUGCUGUAGCGUCUGAGAUAUCAGUUGUAGACGUUUAUGACAUUGCAUCUGAGAUAGGGAAGGAAUGCGAGAAGCUCAUAGAUUCGUACGGUGUUGAAUCUGUGACUAAUUUAAUGCCAAAAGUAAUACACGCUUUAGAGAUAUUAGAAAAUCUUGCGACCAAAAAUGAACGCGAGAAUACGACAGUUCAGGAGUUACGCUCAAAGAUAUCACAGUUGGAGAAUGAUAAGAUUGGUAAAGCCGAGGACAGGCAGAGAUUUGAGAAGGAACUGGAACAAAUUGAGGAGCACUGGCGUCAAGAAUCUCGAGACCUGGUAGAAAUGGUUAAUAGAUUACAAGAAGAGAACAGACGGUUGUCAGAGGCUCUACAAGAAUCACGUAGUGAUAGUCAGUACAGCAAUAAACAAAUGAAUGCGCUUUCAGCCUUUACAGCUAGUCAGGAAGUUGAUGUAGCAGUGUUGCAACACUUGAGAUCGAUGAUAGAUAAGCAAAGGGAGCAGAUUCGAGGAAGGGACAAAGAGAUGCUACAGAAAACUAUGGAAUUAGAAAAUUUAACUGCACAAGUCGAGAAACUCGGGGUCGUCGGCCGUGAAUUGAAACGAAAACAACGCCAAGCGCAGAUGCAAGCCAGAGGCUUGGUGGAGGAGAGAGCGGAUUUCUUGGCCCAGUUACAAGAUCAAAAUCGCGAACUAAUAAAUCUCCGAGCUCGCCUCGGUUUGGCGAGAAAAGAGAACGAGGACUUGAGCAAAGUUCAGAAUUACCCUGAUUUAACGAACAAGGCUGUUUACGACCUGGACGAUCCCGACAGGCCCAGGUUCACCACCGCCGAGUUGAAAGAAAUUUUACACGAACGAAACGAAUUAAAAGCCAGAGUGUCCGAUCUAGAGGACGAACUGGAAUUAUAUCGACCGAAACCCGAACCGGUUGAAGAAGAUGCCCCUGUUCAAGGCCCUCUUCCAUAUGAACCAGAUGAUGCACCCUGGAAAAAGUCUUCGGAAUCUGGAAUUCGGAAGUUCUUCCGGAAAAUAUUCUCAGAGUCGAGCAGCAGUUUUUUAGUUGGUAGCAGCCCGCGACGAAGUCUGUCCAGUUUGUCGAAGAUGGCCCUAUCUGGGAACAGUACGUACGACGAAUCCGUAUAAUGGUUUCACAAAUUAUUUUCAAAGCCCAGUAUAGAUUGAUCGGGCAUAAAGUCCUUGCAUUUACAUACUGAUGCAUUUCGUUUAUCGACACGGGAACUGUUUUAAAAGUAACGUGAAUACGUUUCCCUUAAAUUAUUAAACGACUGAUCAAAUAUGAAUAGAAAAACGUAGUCAAAAGACGUGUAUGCAACAUUACAUAUAUCGAACAUUUACAAUGGUCUAAAAAACGAAGUAAAUAUAAUAUAUAUAUACACGUUCUUAUGUUUAAAAUUAAAUUGACGUGCCUCCAAAGUUAGAAAUGUUGACAAUGAUACAUACUAGUAGUGUCUCAUCAUUUUUAUUGGUAUAUGACAUAUGAGAUUGUAAUGUUACGAAGUUACACGGUAUUCACUCGACUUGUGCAAAAAUACGAAUAGCAGUUUUUUAUUACAUAGUUAGUACAUGACAGUAUAUCUAGUGACGAGAUUGAAUUUUAACUUGUUCACAUGUGAAAGUUUUCGACUUGUUUUCCCGUUUUAUUUAGGUAAUAAUACGAGUGAAAUUUCAAAGAUAGUGAUAAGUAGGAUAUACUGACGGUACCAAUAUAAAAUGCUUAAUGUUACAAUGAAUGUAAGAUAUUAUACAUGUAAAAGUAAUUAAUACUUUUUGAAACAUCUACAUUUUUACGCCUUCGUUCUUCGUUUUGAUUACGUUCAAAUACACCAAGGAGUUCGAUUAGAUCCUAAAGUGUAAUCAUGCGUGUUUUGUAUAAACUUUCGUACUGAAAUGAAUUUAACUUUUCUAUGAUUUAUGCCAUUACGUAUCGAUGUCAAAAUUAAUAGUAAACGUCGUAUUUACGUAGAUUGUAAAUAACAUUUGGAAAUGACGAAUAUAGUUACCCAUUUAGAAUAAUAUAUUAUGAAUUAACAAAAGGAUAUUAAUAUAUAUACAUAACGAUAUGAAAAUGGAUUAUAGUAGCAUUUACGUGAAAGACAUUCAUGACAUCAAAGAUAUUCACAUCCAAUCAUUAAAGCACAUUAAACAGUAGUAAUUGUCAUAGUGUUCCGUGAAUUAAAAUCAAAACAUUUAUCAUUAAUGUUGACUAUAAUAUGUAUUUGAUUAGAAACGGAAAUUUGGUAAUACUACUUAUAUUGUUGAAACAUUCAUACAGAAAUGAAUUUCACUUAAUGAGAAGGUGCGAAUGAAAUCUAAACGUUAACGACCCUGUUAGGAAAAUGUAUGCAGAUCGGAAAUGCAGUAUCAGCAUUUGCUACCAAUUUGAUGCCGAUCUGUGCACAUAUUCUUUAUAGAGAAGAACCUGCUUCAAAUUUAACACCGCAGGAUUGGCUAACAGGGGAAGAACUUAUUGUAACUUAAGUUACAAGUAACUGUAAAACAUAUCUGUAACUUAAGUUAUAUUUUUAAAUGAAGGUUGAUAGAUAUUUAAUUUAUAAUAAUAAAGAUAUGUUCCGUUUACGUAUAAUCUGUUAAUAUUAUUACAAUUCUGGUCCUAUUAAAAUGUGCCUACUAAGUAAAUCUAUUUAUCUUAGACUAAGUUAAUACGUUCUUCGGCGCAGAAGUUCAUAAAACUAUACACUAAAUUUGUUUGCAAUAUAAUGUAUAUUAGUUGUGGUUUAUUAAUACGUUACGAGUACAACAAAUUCUAAGCUAAUCAUCGUCGCAAAACGAUCUUCUAAAAAAUUUCUGCAUUUCAUGUUAUUAAAAAAUACAUUGCUAAGUUUAUAUUCCUACUGCUAUAUCAUAGUAUAAUCUUUAAGUUAUGUAAGGAAACAUUUCUGUAUGUAUCGCGGUGUUGCAUUGUUACAAAGACAAACAAUGGCUUUAUUUAUGUACGAUUAAGAAAGAGAAAAUCUAUAUAAUUUCGAGCAUACAAAACCUGAAGAUUAA